AUGUGUCUAAAUGGUGGUGUAGUAGACGAGGUGGGGCGAAGGGGAAGUGGUGCAGUAGACGAGGUGGGGCGAAGGGGAAGUGGUGCAGUAGACGAGGUGGGGCGAGGGGGUGGUGGUGCAGUAAACGAGGUGGGGCGAGGGGGUGGUGGUGCAGUAAACGAGGUGGGGCGAGGGGGUGGUGGUGCAGUAGACGAGGUGGGGCGAGGGGGUGGUGCAGUAGAUGAGGUGGGGCGAGGGGUUGGUGGUGCAGUAGACGAGGUGGGGCGAGGGGGUGGUGCAGUAGAUGAGGUGGGGCAAGUCAAACAGGGUAGUGAGAGGGGGGCCUGGUCAACAAAUGGGUUGCUCUACAAGCCCAGUUAG